AUGGAUGACGAGAUAAAACUGUGGCGUGAGUGUAAUGAUGAUAUGUAUUAUGUUCGCAAAGCUCUUAAACUAGAAAAAGAACAAUUUGGAAUAAUUGGAAUACAGGUAGUAGGAAAUAUGUUACAUUUAAAUGUUCUUGUUAAGGAUAACACUAAUAUCUAUAGAUAUUAUCAUAUACAAUCAGCUGAGAUCCCUAUACAAGUAUCAGAUGCAAACAUUGUAACUAACUUUAUAGAAACUCUAUUACUUUUACGUAAUAUAUUAAUUACAAAUAUAUCCCUGUUAUGCCAUGGUUCUGUAUCCCAAUCUCAAAGAUUAGUGGAAGGGAGUACAACAGUUACUACACCACGAGAUGAUUAUCCAUAG